AACAAGAAAGAGAAAAGCAGAAGAGCAACGACUAUAAGUUUUAUAAACCUAGCUUUUUUGACCCUCUUGGUGUUAAUAAUUUCAUUGUCUUUCGGCGGCAUAACAGCAACAAAUUCACAGCGGAAUGAAGCGGAGAUGUUCGAGCACUGGCUUGUGGAGAAUGGGAAGAACUAUAACGGUCUUGGAGAGAAGGAGAGACGGUUCAUAGUCUUCAAAGACAACUUGAAACGCAUUAAAGAACACAACUCGGAUCCGAACCACAGUUGCCAACGUGGGUUGAACCAGUUUUCAGACCUGACCGCUGAUGAGUUUCGAUCUAUUUACUUAGGAGGAAAGAUGGACAAGAAGAGCGUAUCAGAUGUAGCGUUGAGGUAUCAGUACAAAGAAGGAGAUAUUUUGCCUGAUGAAGUCGAUUGGAGAAAGAGAGGAGCAGUGGUUCCACGAGUCAAAACACAAGGAGACUGUGGAGGCUGUUGGGCGUUUGCCGCGACUGGAGCGGUGGAAAGUAUAAACCAGAUCACAACCGGAGAAUUGAUAUCUUUGUCGGAACAAGAACUCCUUGACUGUGACAGGACCGACAACUUUGGAUAUAUUGGAGGUGGAGCAGUAUGGGCUUUUGACUUCAUUGUUAGCAACGAUGGUAUAGUAACAGAUGAAGUUUAUCCUUACACUGGCAAUGAUACUGCAGCGUGCAAGGCCAUUGAGAUGCCUGCCACUCGUGUUGUUACCAUUAAUGGUCGUGAGGUUGUUCCAGUAAAUGAUGAGAUGUCUUUGAAGAAAGCUGUUGCUCAUCAGCCUAUUACUGUUAUGACAUCAGCAGCAAACAUGAGCGACUACACAUCAGGUGUGUAUAAAGGACCAUGUAGUAAUUUGGGGGGAGACCAUAAUGUGAUAAUCGUGGGGUAUGGAACAUCAUCAGACGAAGGAGACUACUGGCUUAUUCGUAAUUCAUGGGGACCAGGAUGGGGAGAAGGCGGAUACCUUAGGCUCCAACGCAACUUCCAUGAACCAACCGGGAAAUGUUCGGUCGCAAUGGCCCCUGUAUACCCAAUCAAGUGGAAAUCUUCAUCUGAUUUGUUGUCCCCAAGUGUGUUUAAAUUGGUUCUUUUAUUUGCUUUUCAGUUGAUUAGUUUGGUCUUGCUUUGA